CAUUUGCAUACAGGGAGUAUAUAAGCGCGCGCUGGGAGCUGCUGGCGCACAGUGCAGCUGGAGCUCGAGGAGGUUGCAUCGUCUGCAGAACCAGCACAACAAACCCUGACCAACCGCAAACAUGUCUGACAAACCAAAUCUGGAGGAAGUCACCAGCUUCGACAAGACCAAGCUGAAGAAGACAGAGACCCAGGAAAAGAACCCUUUGCCGUCAAAAGAGACCAUCGAACAAGAGAAGCAGGCCGGCUCAUCAUGAAGCCCCGCGUCGAGACUCCACUAUGCACUGUACAUUCCACAUGGCCUUCUUUUUUCACCUUUUAGCUGUUUAACCUUUUAACGAGAAACGUCAAAAACAAAAAAACUAGACAAAAAACACAAUUUGACAAACCUAAGAUGCAUUCUGAUUGGACGAAUGUUAAAGAAACGAAUCAAAAAGACAAAAAGAUGACUGUACAGCCCCUCGUGCCCCGCACCUCCUUCCCUUUUUUAAAUGUUGUGUUUGAUUAAAUAUUUAAAAAAGAAAAAAAUGUCUGCACCACUGCGAGCGCUGGCGUGCAUCCAUUCAUGUGGCGUGAAAACAUACAGAUGAAGAUGACGAUGAGGAAGAGGAGGAAGAAGAUGAGGAAGCAGCAGCAGCAGUGUGUGCAUGCAUGUGUGUGUGUAUGUGUGUGUGUGUGUGUGUGAGGAAGCAAAGUUUGGUUUUGGCCUUCGAUGCGUGCAGUGGGCGAGAGGAGGCGGGGCCAAGCGUUUGAGUGACACCGUCCAGGGACCUACACAUCCACUAUCUCGGGCUCGGCCUGGGUCAACUUGUGUCAAAUGCUUUUAAGUCAUGCAGUGUCUGUUGUUUUUUUAAAAAUGUUUAUUUUCAAAAGUUUUUUUGUAUGAGUUCGAACCUUGGAAUGCACAAUUUCUUUUUUUAUGCAAAUAAAAGAAGAGAUAUAUGAA